CUUGGCUCUAGGGUUCUUGGGUGCUGCUCUGCAAGGUAGGAGAUCCUUCCAGUGGAUUUCUUCUUUUCUUGUGGCUAAUGAGCUCGCUGGAAUCUUAUGACCUCGAUCUGUUCGAUGUGGAGUCGGGUUCCUCGGAUCAGCUGCUGGAGCAAAUGUUUGAGGAUCAGAUGAGCAAUCCGGGGGCGGAGGUGGAGAAGGGCGAUCGCAGCGGCGAGGCUAAUGCGGGAUCGCCGGAGUUGUUCGAGCAGAGCCUGAGCGAUGACGAGACGACGCACGACAGCCGCGGUUCCUCGAGGAACAAGAGGAAGUUCUCCAAGAAUCUCCUCUCGGAGCGCAAGCGCCGGCAGAAGCUCAACGAGAAGCUCUACUCGCUUCGCGCUCUCGUCCCAAAGAUCACGAAGAUGGACAAGGCGUCCAUCAUGGCCGACGCCAUCGGCUAUGUCGAGGAGCUCAAAUCGCAGGUCUCGGCGAUGCGGAGAGAGAUCAGUGCCAUCGAAGAGGAUCACCGCUCCCCCAAUUCAUCGCUGACGACCGCGUCCCCGGCGUCGCCCUCGCCAUCGCUCGAGGACGAUCAUCACAGCGGCGAUCGGCGAGAUCACAAACUAGCGAGCCUCCAGAUAGACGUGGAGAAACUGGACGAAUGUAACAGGACGUGCCUGGUUCGAUUCCGGUGCUGCCCGACCGUACUAGCGGACAUCGUUGGCGCCCUAGAGUCGCUAGAUUUGGAGGUGCUGGGCGCUAGCGUCAACACCUUCCAGGGCCAAAUCUUCACCACGUGCAUGACCAAGGUACGGGACGAGCGCCUUAUGCAAAAGGAAAAUCUCGAGGGAAUCGUAUCCAGCGCAAUGAUGGAUGCCAAGCUCUGUGUUUGAGUUGAGCCAACGGCUGAGAUUUUUGCCGUGGUAAUGGAACCCAGAUGGUGCCACGUGGUCUAUGAAUCUUUUGGGGACGUGGCGGACUGGAAAGGCUGAUGUGCCGCGGUGUCACUGGCCAGACACCGAUGGCCUUGCUGUCAGGCCUUUUGACCAACCGAUCUCGGGA